AUGCCCGCCGAUUCGCUUAUUCCGGACAUUCCGGGUGUGCCCAUCGAUGCCAGAAGUGAGAGCUUCCUCCGUGAGCGAAUCUGUCGAGCCAUCGGAAUCAAUGGCAGUCGAUUCAUUGGUGCUCAGCCCGUCAGUUUCACGCGUACGACACUUCAGGAACUCAAGUCAGAAGAUUACUUUGUCGCCGAAAAGUCAGACGGUGUCCGCGUUCUUCUCUAUUGUGUUAUCAACGAGCGUGGCCAACAGCAAGUUUUCUUGGUGGAUCGCAAGAACAAGUUCAGCUUUGUACCUCAAUUGAGAUUUCCCAUUGCCAGCAACCUCCAGGCGUACCAUAAUGAGACAAUUGUCGACGGCGAACUUGUCACGGACCAGGAACCGGAUGGAAGUCAGGUCGUUCGUUACCUUGCCUUUGAUCUUUUGGCUUACAAUGGACAGAAUAUCAUCAAGAAGCCCCUCAGAUCUCGGUUGGCUGAGUUUAUAACGCCGUAUAGAGAGUUACUCAAGGUCGCUCAACCUCAGUUCGUUCGCGAGCAGCCCUUCAAGGUUGGGUUGAAGGAGGUCAACUUGUCGUACGGAAUCGAAAAGAUGUUCAAGGAAGUUCUCCCAAGACUCAAGCAUGGAAGCGACGGACUAAUCUUUACCUCCGCCGUGGCUGAAUACGUACCCUCGACUAACAUCAAAAUGCUGAAGUGGAAGCCCCCAAGCGAGAACACGAUCGACUUUAGGUUGUCGCUGGAGUUCCCAAUCAACCAGGGUGCGCCCGAUUAUGACCAAAAGCCACAGUUUGUGCUUCAUGAAUGGCAGGGCGGUCAACAAUACAACCGUUUUGGAGUAUUGACGGUCGAUGAUGGACUCUGGCAGCACUGGAAGAGCACGGCAACUCCAUUGCAGAACAGGGUGGUCGAGGUCAACUACUCGCCCAAAGACUCGAGUUGGAGAUUCUUCCGGUUUAGAGAUGACAAGGAGCACGGCAAUCAUUCAUCCGUAGUCAAGAAGGUCCAGGAGAGUAUUCGGGAUGGCGUCGAGCGUGAUGAGUUGUUGCAAGCGCAGGCGGAAAUUAGGGCCGCAUGGAAGCACCGAGAACAGGUCCUCCAGCAACAACAACAACAGUACCAACAACAACAACAACAUCACCAGUAG